AUAAAAGUUUGGACUUUAUUAGUUGCAUCACUCUUAAGUCGGAUUCUUCGGCUCUUUUACACACUCUUUGAGUAUCUCAAUCCCAACAUUGCAAAGCCUUUGAGUUUCAACAUGCCUCGAGCAUCACCCGCUCCCAAACCCAGCAAAAAUGCCAGUCCCUCCGAGCCAGCAGUAUCGUUCUCUAACCCUGCGUCAUUACUAUGGGCAAAGCAGAUUAAACGAGAGCAUGCCUUCCUCCUCGAGCGAAUGAAGACCGCCGAAGCCCAAGUACAGGCAUCUAACAGUCGAGCUAAGGCUGCUGAAGCUGCAGCCCAAGCCGUCAAGGACUUUGCACGCAACUUCCAACAAGUCACGGAGCGUAUCUCUGCACUCGAGGAGGCCCGGACGGGAGUAGAUAAGGCGAUUGCACAAUUCAAGGAUAUCGAGAAAGAACUGUCUCACGUACACAAACUGCAAGACAUAGUUGUGUCACUCCAGUCCCGGUUAGAUGACUUCGAGAUCGGAUACCGACAGUCUUCGAACAAGAGCAAAACGAUUCUAGACAAGAUGGAAGUGCUCCGGACUGCUUUCACUCGGGAAUCCCAGCAACGUGAUGACAAGAUCGUCAAAAAGAACGACCCGGCUGACGUACGCGUUCUUUCGGGUCGCUUAGAUGCGAUUGAAGGACUGCAAAGGAAAGAAGCUACCGAGCGUAAGGCAGUCAAUGAUAGACUUGAGGAUAUUCAAAGAACUUUGAUGAUGCAACUUGGACGAGUUGAACUGCCAGAAGAUCCACUCCAUACUCCAACUCAGCAGGUGGAUGACGCAUUAGGAGAUCACAGCAUAGGUGUUGCUCUACGUGGAACUCAAACACCUGCCGCUCAGGUCCAAGUGCCAGCAAGCCCUUGGUCUUCCUCAAGUAUUAUUAGGUGAUUACCCUCAUUUAAAACGGGUUGUAAGGUUGCUAAUGAAUAUAGUGAGAACGUUGCCACGAAUCUAGGUCCUC